CUUAGUAUAUAUUUGUAUAAUACGUUUAAUGUGAAAAUGUGCGAUAUAAUAUAAGAAUAUUUGCAUUUAUAAAAUCAAACGAACAAAACGUAUUAUUAUAAACAAUGAUAUGUAUAUAUCCUGAGAUACAGUAUAUUUGUUGCGCCACAGUGAGGCUGAUAAUGAAAAGGUCCCCACGUCGCAAGCUCAACCCAUCCAAGACGUGAUGUCAAGAGCGAAUUGAAGCUACGAUCAAUCUAUCUCAAGAUAAGAUCUCCCGAGAACAACCACCUAAAUAUCUACCAAUCCAGCGUCCGGCUACUGCCUACCUCUGACAAGAUGGCUGGCCUAGAGCACUACCACAUGGCGAUGGACCCGGGCAUCCAGAAGCUGGGGCAAAUGAACACGAACCGCCACAAGUACUUCCGAUGGACCCCGCGAACCGCCCGCAUCACCUUCAUGUACAUGGUCGUCGUACCCACCGUCCUGGGCGUCAUCGCCUACAAGACAGAUGUGAGUUGCUCUAACCCUGCUCGGCCAGAAACCAAUCUAGGAAAACACACACACCAGGUUAUGAAGAUCGCUGACUGUGGCGGCUACGAUACGGAUAUAGGGGAAAUGGGAUUUCCGAGCGAAGAGGAAGGGAGACUUGGUCAGCGAAUACUGAGAGGCGAAUUGGUACGGGAAGGAGCCGGGACGACUGUAUAUAGGUUUGGGCGAACUACCGCAGUUGAAAACAGAGCUUUUAUGAAACAGUAUCUUCUGGUAUUUCUACAGUUCGAGAGCUCGAUAUUGUGGGUGUUUGAGCUUGAAAGUAACGUCGAGAUAAUUCUGGAAUCUGACGUUGCCGUAUACUCUCUAGUGGAGAUUCCCAACAGUGAUAGGAUAAUACGUGGAGGAGUUACUCUUAGAAGAGGACACUGAUGUGAGGUACCUUACGUUAGGUAGUUUCUCGACAACAAGCACGACUUCAAAAUAAGAGACACUUUCAAACGCAAAC